AUGCCUUUCGGUUUAUUACUUCCUCUUCGCAUCGCCCAAUUCGUCUUUUCGGUUGUGGUUCUUGGAUUAUCAGCAUAUGUUGCUCACUGGUACGAUGUCGACACCUUAACCACCUCUCCUUCUCAGAUCAACUUUCUGGUCUUUGUACCGGUCUUCUCCUUCAUCUCAAUGAUCUACUUGGAAGUUGUUCCUCGUUUCAUGCAAAAGGCAUCCCACCCAUAUGCCCAUCUCGCAUUUGAAGCCCUCAACACCCUCUUCUACUUCGCAGGUUUCGUCGCACUCGCUGCAUUCAUCGGCAAACUCCUCUUCUGCCGUGGAUCGGUCUGCGCAGCUGCACGUGCUGAUGCCGUCUUUGCUGCAUUCAACUGGCUCCUCUGGACCGGAAGCACCACCAUCGUUGCUCUCCAGGUCUUCAAGAGCGGCUUCAAGGGACUCAAGGACGAGAAGUCGACCAUGACUCAAACCCCAAUCCAACGCGAGGUUGCUCCAUGA